AUGGGCGGUGAUAAAGAUGUCAUCCCCUCGGUGUUUAACACUAUGUCUCAGCUCUCCCCAGCCAUAUAUCUUAGAGACUUCACUCAUGCUCCGGAGAAGAAUGACAGACCAUUAACGAUAAUACUUUUCUUCUGGAUGAAUGCGACUUACCGGCCUGCUGCCAAGUAUAUCUCCGAAUACAUACGAAUAGCUCCCAAUGCUAGGAUCAUUUCAGUCUUUACAUCUGCCUCGGAUUUCUUCAUUCGAAACUCCGACGCAUCCCAGAAGCGUCGUGUAGCCUCAGUUCUGGACACAAUAUUGUCUACCGGCGGACUUGGAAGAGACAAAGGCGAUACCUCGGGGCGAUUAUAUGUACACGCAUUCUCUAAUGGCGGGUCUAUUACAUUGCGAAAUUUGGCGGCCUCAUAUCGAGACGUCACUGGUCGAGCUUUGCCUUUAAGCGCCCUUCUUAUUGACAGUGCACCCGGGAAAACCACGUUGGCCGGAGCUAUCAAAGCACUCUCUUAUAGCUUCCCUAAAUUUUUCCUAUGGAGAAUUCUAUUAUCAGCAGCCAUUUGGGUUUUGCUUUUUUCUCUUACUACUAUUGGGAGGAUACUAGGCAGGAAACAUCCUGCUUAUCGUAUAAGAGAGGGGCUAAACGAUGCAAGCUUGAUUCACAGGAAAGCGGAAAGGUGCUAUGUAUAUUCAAAAGAGGAUGAGCUGAUCAUGUGGAAAGAUGUGGAGCAGCAUGCAGAUCAAGCUCACUCUAGAGGAUGGAAAGUUUCCAGGGAGAUGUUCGAGAAGUCGCCUCAUGUUGGGCAUAUGAGAACCGAUCCUCAAAGAUACUGGAUGAUUGUCGCAAGGCUAUUGAAGGUAUCAAUGGCGUAA